UGGAGAGAGAACUAACACAGACUGAUGCAGGUGGAGAGAGAGAACAAACACAGACUGAUGGAGGUGGAGAGAGAGAACAAACAGACUGAUGGAGGUAGAGAGAGAUAACAAACAGACUGAUGGAGGUGGAGAGAGAGAACAAACAGACUGAUGGAGGUGGAGAGAGAGAACAAACAGACUGAUGGAGGUGGAGAGAGAGAACAAACAGACUGAUGGAGGUAGAGAGAGAUAACAAACAGACUGAUGGAGGUGGAGAGAGAGAACAAACAGACUGAUGGAGGUGGAGAGAGAGAACAAACAGACUGAUGGAGGUGGAGAGAGAGAACAAACAGACUGAUGGAGGUGGAGAGAGAGAACAAACAGACUGAUGGAGGUGGAGAGAGAGAACAAACAGACUGAUGGAGGUGGAGAGAGAGAACAAACACAGACUGAUGGAGGGAGGUGGAGAGAGAUAACAAACAGACUGAUGGAGGUGGAGAGAGAACUAACACAGACUGAUGGAGGUGGAGAGAGAGAACAAACAGACUGAUGGAGGUGGAGAGAGAACAAACACAGACUGAUGGAGGUGGAGAGAGAGAACAAACAGACUGAUGGAGGUGGAGAGAGAAAACAAACAGACUGAUGCAGGUGGAGAGAGAGAACAAACACAGACUGAUGGAGGUGGAGAGAGAGAACAAACAGACUGAUGGAGGUGGAGAGAGAUAACAAACAGACUGAUGGAGGUGGAGAGAAAACAAACAGACUGAUGGAGGUGGAGAGAGAGAACAAACACAGACUGAUGGAGGUGGAGAGAGAGAACAAACAGACUGAUGGAGGUGGAGAGAGAGAACAAACACAGACUGAUGGAGGGAGGUGGAGAGAGAAAACAAACAGACUGAUGGAGGUGGAGAGAGUUAACAAACACAGACUGAUGGAGGUGGAGAGAGAGAACAAACAGACUGAUGGAGGUGGAGAGAGAACAAACAGACUGAUGGAGGUGGAGAGAGAGAACAAACACAGACUGAUGGAGGUGGAGAGAGAGAACAAACAGACUGAUGGAGGUGGAGAGAGAGAACAAACAGACUGAUGGAGGGAGGUGGAGAGAGAACAAACAGACUGAUGGAGGUGGAGAGAGAGAACAAACACAGACUGAUGGAGGUGGAGAGAGAGAACAAACAGACUGAUGGAGGUGGAGAGAGAGAACAAACAGACUGAUGGAGGGAGGUGGAGAGAGAACAAACAGACUGAUGGAGGUGGAGAGAGAAAACAAACAGACUGAUGGAGGUGGAGAGAGAGAACAAACACAGACUGAUGGAGGGAGGUGGAGAGAGAACAAACAGACUGAUGGAGGUGGAGAGAGAGAACAAACAGACUGAUGGAGGUGGAGAGAGAACAAACAGACUGAUGGAGGUGGAGAGAGAGAACAAACACAGACUGAUGGAGGUGGAGAGAGAGAACAAACAGACUGAUGGAGGUGGAGAGAGAACAAACAGAUUGAUGGAGGUGGAGAGAGAGAACAAACAGACUGAUGGAGGGAGGUGGAGAGAGAAAACAAACAGACUGAUGGAGGUGGAGAGAGAGAACAGACUGAUGGAGGUGGAGAGAGAGAACAAACACAGACUGAUGGAGGUGGAGAGAGAGAACAAACAGACUGAUGGAGGGAGGUGGAGAGAGAACAAACAGACUGAUGGAGGUGGAGAGAGAAAACAAACAGACUGAUGGAGGUGUAGAGAGAAAACAAACAGACUGAUGGAGGUGGAGAGAGAGAACAAACACAGACUGAUGGAGGUGGAGAGAGAGAACAAACAGACUGAUGGAGGUGGAGAGAGAGAACAUGAGAUUUAUGAACAGCAGAGUUCCGUCCAAUAAGAGGUAUCAACCCACAGACUACGAACACGCUGCAAACUGUGCUACACACGCGCUGUGGGUAAUCCCCAGCCUAUUGGGCAGCUCUGUGCUGCACUUCCUGUCGGAUGACCAAUGGGAGCGUGUCUCAGCCUGGCUCUAUGGGGCGGGGCUUACCUCCCUCUUCCUCAUCUCUACUCUGUUCCACACUGUGACCUGGAAGAAAAGCCAUCUACGGUCUGUGGAGCACUGUUUCCACAUGUGUGACAGAAUGGUGAUCUAUUUCUUCAUAGCAGCCUCCUACGCCCCCUGGUUGAACCUGCGGGAGCUAGGACCCUGGACCUGUCACAUGAGGUGGAUGGUCUGGGUGAUGGCCUCUGUCGGAACCACAUACGUCUUCUUCUUCCACGAGAGGUAUAAGCUGAUGGAACUGAUCUGUUAUACAGUGAUGGGAGUGUUCCCAGCCUUGGUCAUCCUGUCCAUGCCGGACCGUGAGGGGCUGUGUGAGUUGUUAGUGGGCGGUGCCUGUUACUGUCUGGGCAUGGUGUUCUUCAAGAGUGAUGGCCUCGUCCCAUUCGCCCAUGCCAUCUGGCACCUGUUUGUUGCCAUGGGAGCAGGCGUCCAUUACUACGCCAUCUACCGAUACCUCUACCUGCCAGCAGCCAAUCAGAUGAAGACAUCCAGAUGACACACGGGGACCGGGGGCGAGGGGUGAUGACGUCACAGGAAGUUGAAGGAAGGAGUGGACUUGUCAAGAAAGGAGGGGUGGAGAGAUGAGAAUAGAACCAUAGAAACUGUGAGAGAUGUGAAUAGAACCAUAAAAACGUGGAGAGAUGAGAAGAGAACCAUAGAAACAUGGAGAGAUGUGAAUAGAACCAUAGAAACAUGGAGAGAUGUGAAUAGAACCAUAGAAACGUGGAGAGAUGAGAAUAGAACCAUAGAAACAUGGAGAGAUGUGAAUAGAACCAUAGAAACAUGGAGAGAUGUGAAUAGAACCAUAGAAACAUGGAGAGAUGAGAAUAGAAACGUGGAGAGAUGAGAAUAGAACCAUAGAAACGUGGAGAGAUGAGAAUAGAACCAUAGAAAUGUGGAGAGAUGAGAAGAGAACCGUAGAAACGUGGAGAGAUGAGAAUAGAACCAUAGAAACAUGGAGAGAUGUGAAUAGAACCAUAGAAACAUGGAGAGAUGUGAAUAGAACCAUAGAAACGUGGAGAGAUGAGAAUAGAACCAUAGAAACAUGGAGAGAUGUGAAUAGAACCAAAGAAACAUGGAGAGAUGUGAAUAGAACCAUAGAAACAUGGAGAGAUGAGAAUAGAAACGUGGAGAGAUGAGAAUAGAACCAUAGAAACAUGGAGAGAUGAGAAUAGAACCAUAGAAACGUGGAGAGAUGAGAAUAGAACCAUAGAAAUGUGGAGAGAUGAGAAGAGAACCAUAGAAACGUGGAGAGAUGAGAAGAGAACCAUAGAAACAUGGAGAGAUGUGAAUAGAACCAUAGAAACAUGGAGAGAUGUGAAUAGAACCAUAGAAACGUGGAGAGAUGAGAAUAGAACCAUAGAAACAUGGAGAGAUGUGAAUAGAACCAUAGAAACAUGGAGAGAUGAGAAUAGAAUCAUAGAAACGUGGAGAGAUGAGAAUAGAACUAUAGAAACGUGGAGAGAUGAGAAUAGAACCAUAGAAACGUGGAGAGAUGAGAAUAGAACCAUAGAAAUGUGGAGAGAUGAGAAGAGAGCCAUAGAAACGUGGAGAGAUGAGAAUAGAACCAUAGAAACAUGGAGAGAUGUGAAUAGAACCAUAGAAACGUGGAGAGAUGAGAAUAGAACCAUAGAAACAUGGAGAGAUGAGAAUAGAACCAUAGAAAUGUGGAGAGAUGAGAAUAGAACCAUAGAAACAUGUAGAGAUGUGAAUAGAACCAUAGAAACAUGGAGAGAUGUGAAUAGAACCAUAGAAACAUGGAGAGAUGAGAAUAGAACCAUAGAAAACUGGAGAGAUGUGAAUAGAACUAUAGAAACGUGGAGAGAUGUGAAUAGACCCAUAGAAACACAGAGAGAUGAGAAUAGAACCAUAGAAACGUGGAGAGAUGUGAAUAGAACCAUAGAAACGUGGAGAGAUGAGAAUAGAACCAUAGAAACGUGGAGAGGUGUGAAUAGAAACCAUAGAAACAUGGAGAGAUGAGAAUAGAACCAUAGAAACUUGGAGAGAUGUGAAUAGAACCAUAGAAACGUGGAGAGAUGAGAAUAGAACCAUAGAAAUGUGGAGAGAUGAGAAGAGAAACCAUAGAAACAUGGAGAGAUGAGAAUAGAACCAUAGAAACUUGGAGAGAUGAGAAUAGAACCAUAGAAACGUGGAGAGAUGAGAAUAGAACCAUAGAAAUGUGGAGAGAUGAGAAGAGAACCAUAGAAACGUGGAGAGAUGAGAAGAGAACCAUAGAAGCAUGGAGAGAUGUGAAUAGAACCAUAGAAACAUGGAGAGAUGUGAAUAGAACCAUAGAAACGUGGAGAGAUGAGAAUAGAACCAUAGAAACAUGGAGAGAUGUGAAUAGAACCAUAGAAACACGGAGAGAUGAGAAUAGAAUCAUAGAAACGUGGAGAGAUGAGAAUAGAACCAUAGAAAUGUGGAGAGAUGAGAAUAGAACCAUAGAAAUGUGGAGAGAUGAGAAGAGAACCAUAGAAACGUGGAGAGAUGAGAAUAGAACCAUAGAAACAUGGAGAGAUGUGAAUAGAACCAUAGAAACGUGGAGAGAUGAGAAUAGAACCAUAGAAACAUGGAGAGAUGAGAAUAGAACCAUAGAAAUGUGGAUAGAUGAGAAUAGAACCAUAGAAACAUGUAGAGAUGUGAAUAGAACCAUAGAAACAUGGAGAGAUGUGAAUAGAACUAUAGAAACAUGGAGAGAUGAGAAUAGAACCAUAGAAACAUGGAGAGAUGUGAAUAGAACUAUAGAAACAUGGAGAGAUGAGAAUAGAACCAUAGAAACAUGGAGAGAUGUGAAUAGAACUAUAGAAACAUGGAGAGAUGAGAAUAUAACCAUAGAAACAUGGAGAGAUGUGAAUAGAACUAUAGAAACAUGGAGAGAUUUUUUUUAAUUUCACCUUUAUUUAACCAGGUAGGCUAGUUGAGAACAAGUUCUCAUUUACAACUGCGACCUGGCCAAGAUAAAGCAAAGCAGUGCGACACAUACAACAACACGGAGAUGUGAAGAGAACCAUAGAAACAUGGGGAGAUCACUGGUUUAUGUGUCCUGGACAGACAGGAUGUAUAUCACUGGUUUAUGUUUCCUGGACAGACAGGAUGUAUAUCACUGGUUUAUGUGUCAUGGACAGACAGGAUGUAUAUCACUGGUUUAUGUGUCCUGGACAGACAGGAUGUAUAUCACUGGUUUAUGUGUCCUGGACAGACAGGAUGUAUAUCACUGGUUUAUGUGUCCUGGACAGACAGGAUGUAUAUCACUGGUUUAUGUGUCCUGGACAGACAGAAUGUAAAUCACUGGUUUAUGUGUCCUGGACAGACAGGAUGUACAUCACUGGUUUAUGUGUCCUGGACAGACAGGAUGUACAUCACUGGUUUAUGUGUCCUGGACAGACAGGAUGUACAUCACUGGUUUAUGUGUCCUGGACAGACAGGAUGUACAUCACUGUUUUAUGUGUCCUGGACAGACAGGAUGUACAUCACUGGUUUAUGUGUCCUGGACAGACAGGAUGUACAUCACUGGUUUAUGUGUCCUGGACAGACAGGAUGUACAUCACUGGUUUAUGUGUCCUGGACAGACAGGAUGUACAUCACUGGUUUAUGUGUCCUGGACAGAGGAUGUAAAUCACUGGUUUAUGUGUCCUGGACAGACAGGAUGUACAUCACUGGUUUAUGUGUCCUGGACAGACAGGAUGUAGAUCACUGGUUUAUGUGUCCUGGACAGACAGGAUGUACAUCACUGGUUUAUGUGUCCUGGACAGACAGGAUGUACAUCACUGGUUUAUGUGUCCUGGACAGACAGGAUGUAGAGUCAGUUAUGUAACCCUCCAGUGUAGUGUGCGUGGUAGAGUAGUCUAGAAGUGACAGACGGUGAAGGUGUUUCUCCUGAUUGUACUACUAUUACAUUCCAGUCUAGUGAAGGUAUUAUCCUACUACAGCCAGUAUUACUACUACUACUAUUAUAAUAAUUAUUAGUAUUACUACUAUUACUAUUAUUAUUAUUAUUACUACUAUUAUUAAUAGUAUAAUUACUUGUAUUAUUAUCAUGAUUAUUGUUAUUAUUACUAUUAUUAUUAUUAAUAAUAUUAUUAUUACUGUUAUUAUUAUUACUAUUAUUAUUACUGUUAUUAUUAUUAUUACUAUCAUUAUUAUUAUUAUUAUUACUGUUAUUAUUAUUAUUGCUACUAUUAUUAAUAGUAUAAUUAUUUGUACUAUUAUCAUGAUUACUGUUAUUAUUAUUAUUAUUGUUAUUAUUAUUACUAUUAUUAUUAUUACUAUUAUUAUUAUUACUAUUAUUAUUAUUACUAUUAUUAUUACUGCUAUUAUUAUCAUGAUUACAGUUAUUAAGGUUACUAUUAUUACUAGUAUUAUUAUUACUGUUAUUAUUAUUACUAUUAUUAAUAGUAUUAUUACUAUUACUACUAUUAUAACUAUUAUUAUUAUUAUUACUAUUAAUAGUAUUAUUAUUAUUACUACUAUUAUAACUAUUAUUAUUAUUAUUACUACUAUUAUUACUAUUAUUAUUAUUAUUAGUAGUAGUAGUAGUAGUAUUGGUGUUAUUACUAGUAUUAUUAUAAUUAUUAUUACUGUUAUUACUGUUACUAUUAUUGCUAUUAUUACUGGUAUUAUUAUUCCUAGUAUUAUUAUUAGUGAUGCACCGAUAUGACAUUUUUGGCCGAUACGGAUAUCCAAUGUUUUCCUAGUUAAAUAAAGGUAUCACACACACCACACUGACCAAAAGGUUAUUUAGUUGGCAUUUACGUAUGUCCCCAUUAACAGUAAAACAUGUUCAGUUGUUUCAUUCUCAACCAGUAUUUCUAUGGAACGUCGUUGGGGUCUUUGCUAUGGAAGGUCUGUAACGGCAGCCUUCCUCCUCUUCGUCUGAAGAGGAGGUGUAGCAGGGAUCGGACCAAGACGCAGCGUAGUUGGUGCUCAACAUAUUUAAUAAUACGAACUGUGAACACUACAACAAUACAACAAUAACAAAAUGUGGCAAACCGAUACAGUCCUCUCUGGUGCAGAGAAAACACAGAGACAGGAAACAACCACCCACAAACCCCAACACAAAACAAGCCACCUAUAUAUGAUUCUCAAUCAGAGACAACACAAAACAUCUGCCUCUGAUUGAGAACCAUAUUAGGCCAAACAUAGAAACAGACAAACUAGACACACAACAUAGAAUGCCCACCCAGCUCACGUCCUGACCAACAUUAAAACAAGCAAAACACACAAGAACUAUGGUCAGAUCGUGACAACGUCGUUGGGGUCUUUGCUAUGGAACGUCGUUUUGGUCUUUGCUAUGGAACGUCGUUGGAGUCGUUGCUAUGGAACGUCGUUUGGGUCUUUGCUAUGGAACGUCGUUGGGGUCGUUGCUAUGGAACGUCGUUGGGGUCGUUGCUAUGGAACGUCGUUGGGGUCGUUGCUAUGGAACGUCGUUGGGGUCGUUGCUAUGGAACGUCGUUUGGGUCUUUGCUAUGGAACGUCGUUUGGGUCUUUGCUAUGGAACGUCGUUGGGGUCGUUGCUAUGGAACGUCGUUGGGGUCGUUGCUAUGGAACGUCGUUGGGGUCGUUGCUAUGGAACGUCGUUUGGGUCUUUGCUAUGGAACGUCGUUGGGGUCUUUGCUAUGGAACGUCGUUUGGGACUUUGCUAUGGAACGUCGUUGAGGUCGUUGCUAUGGAACGUUGUUGGGGUCGUUGCUAUGGAACGUCGUUGGGGUCUUUGCUAUGGAACGUCGUUUGGGUCUUUGCUAUGGAACGUCGUUGGGGUAUUUGCUAUGGAACGUCGUUGGGGUCUUUGCUAUGGAACGUCGUUGGGGUCUUUGCUAUGGAACGUCGUUGGGGUCUUUGCUAUGGAACGUCGUUGGGGUCUUUGCUAUGGAACGUCGUUGGGGUCUUUGCUAUGGAACGUCGUUGGGGUCUUUGCAAUGGAACGUCGUUUGGGUCUUUGCUAUGGAACGUCGUUGGGGUCUUUGCUAUGGAACGUCGUUGGGGUCUUUGCUAUGGAACGUCGUUGGGGUCGUUGCUAUGGAACGUCGUUGGGCUCUUUGCUAUGGAACGUCGUUGGGGUCGUUGCUAUGGAACGUCGUUGGGGUCUUUGCUAUGGAACGUCGUUGGGGUCUUUGCUAUGGAACGUCGUUGGGGUCUUUGCAUGGAACGUCGUUGGGGUCGUUGCUAUGGAACGUCGUUGGGGUCUUUGCUAUGGAACGUCGUUGGGGUCGUUGCUAUGGAACGUCGUUGGGGUCUUUGCUAUGGAACGUCGUUGGGGUCUUUGCUAUGGAACGUCGUUUGGGUCUUUUCUAUGGAACGUCGUUGGGCUCUUUGCUAUGGAACGUCGUUGGGGUCGUUGCUAUGGAACGUCGUUGGGGUCUUUGCUAUGGAACGUCGUUGGGGUCUUUGCUAUGGAACGUCGUUGGGGUCUUUGCAUGGAACGUCGUUGGGGUCGUUGCUAUGGAACGUCGUUGGGGUCUUUGCUAUGGAACCUCGUUGGGGUCGUUGCUAUGGAACGUCGUUGGGGUCUUUGCUAUGGAACGUCGUUGGGGUCUUUGCUAUGGAACGUCGUACGGGUCUUUGCUAUGGAACGUCGUUUGGGUCUUUGCGUGUCAAAAAAUAUACUAUUUAACACUAUUUGACGUGUCAAAUAACACCAUUUAACGUGUCAAAUCGGCUUGUUGACCAAUUAGGACCUGACUAUGACUGCACGUCACAUAAUUGAAUGUGUUGAUACAUUUUUUUAACGUAGUGUAAUCAAUGUGUAAUAACUACCACUCGUAUUUCAUAUGUCACAACGAUUCAUCGAUACGAAUGCUACGAUGCUGGUAAAGUUGUCUCGCGCAGCUACAGUGCUGGUCAUAAAAAAGCUAGCUAGCUCAAGGAUGUAAACAAUAUUAUUCCCCAAAAACAUUGUAAAACAACAUCUGUUUCAGUAGUUAUGGUUAGUUAACUAACUAUAUAGCUACGUGUCAUCAUCUAAAAUAACCUUCAUUGUACAUUUUUUCUAUUUUUUAUUUCACCUUAAUUUAAACCAGGUAGGCCAGUUGAGAACAAGUUCUCAUUUACAACUGCGACCUGGCCAAGAUAAAGCAAAGCAGUGCGACAAAAAAACAACAGAGUUACACAUGGGAUAAACAAACAUACAGUCAAUAACACAAUAUAAAAAAAUCUAUAUACAGUGUGUGCAAAUGUAGUAAGAUAAGGGAGGUAAGGCAAUAAAUAGGCCGUAGUGGCGAAAUAAUUAAAUUUAGCAUUAACACUGGAGUGAUAGAUGUGCAAGUAGAGAUACUGGUGUGCAAAAGAGCAAACAAUAAAUAACAAUAUGGGGAUGUGGUAGUAGGGGGGGUUAUUUACAGAUGGGCUGUGUACAGGUGCAAUGAUCGGUAAGCUGCUCUGACAGCUGAUGCUUAAAGUUAGUGAGGGAGAUAUGAGUCUCCAGCUUCAGUUAUUUUCGCAAUUCGUUCCAGUCAUUGGCAUCAGAGAACUGGAAGGAAAGGCUGCCAAAGGAGGUGUUGGCUGUCGGGAUGACUAGUGAAAUAUACCUGCUGGAGGGGGCUUUGGUGACAAAACGGAUGGCACUGUGAUAAACUACAUACAUUUUGCUGAGUAGUGUUGGAGGCUAUUUUGUAAAUGACAUCGCCGAAGUCAAGGAUCGGUAGGAUAGUCAGUUUUACGAGGGUAUGUUUGGCAGCAUGAGUGAAGGAUGCUUUGUUACGAAAUAGGAAGCCGAUACUAGAUUUAAUUCUGGAUUGGAGAUGCUUAAUGUGAGUCUGGAAGGAGAGUUUACAGUCUAACCAGACACCUGGGUAUUUGUAGUUGUCCACAUAUUCAACCACUGGGUUAGUCAGGUGACCUGGGUUAGUCAGGUGACCUGGGUUAGUCAGGUGACCUGGGUCUAGAAGGUCCCUCUGAUGAUUUAGAAACAGACAAUAUGGAUGUGAUACAGUUUAUAUGUCUCAAUAUGUUUUGCUCACUUCAAUAGUGUCUUUGGUUUUUCUCAGAGGAGCUGAGAGGAAUGCCAUCAAUACUAUUAUCAUUCUGUAUAUUAUUAUUAUUAUUAUGUUGUCGUAUUCCAAUACAUGACUUCUCCUGACCUUCGCCCCUGUCCUUUAUUCUGUCAGCAGCAGAAAGCCCUUCGCCCCUGUCCUUUAUUCUGUCAGCAGCAGAAAGCCCUUCCCAACCACUGAUCUGUCAGCAGCAGAAAGCCCUUCCCAACCACUGAUCUGUCAGCAGCAGAAAGCCCUUCCCAACCACUGAUCUGACAGCAGCAGAAAGCCCUUCCCAACCACUGAUCUAUCAGCAGCAGAAAGCCCUUCCCAACCACUGAUCUGUCAGCAGCAGAAAGCCCUUCCCAACCGCUGAUCUGACAGCAGCAGAAAGCCCUUCCCAACCGCUGAUCUGUCAGCAGCAGAAAGCCCUUCCCAACCACUGAUCUGUUAGCAGCAGAAAGCCCUUCCCAACCACUGAUCUGUCAGCAGCAUAAAGCCCUUCCCAACCACUGAUCUGUCAGCAGCAGAAAGCCCUUCCCAACCACUGAUCUGUCAGCAGCAGAAAGCCCUUCCCAACCACUGAUCUGUCGGCAGCAUAAAGCCCUUCCCAACCACUGAUCUGUCAGCAGCAGAAAGCCCUUCCCAACCACUGAUCUGUCAGCAGCAGAAAGCCCUUCCCAACCACUGAUCUGUCAGCAGCAGAAAGCCCUUCCCAACCACUGAUCUGUCAGCAGCAUAAAGCCCUUCCCAACCACUGAUCUGUCAGCAGCAGAAAGCCCUUCUCAACCACUGAUCUGUCAGCAGCAGAAAGCCCUUCCCAACCACUGAUCUGUCAGCAGCAGAAAGCCCUUCUCAACCUCUGAUCUGUCAGCAGCAGAAAGCCCUUCCAACCACUGAUCUGUCAGCAGCAGAAAGCCCUUCCCAACCACUGAUCUGUCAGCAGCAUAAAGCCCUUCCCAACCACUGAUCUGUCAGCAGCAGAAAGCCCUUCUCAACCACUGAUCUGUCAGCAGCAGAAAGCCCUUCCCAACCACUGAUCUGUCAGCAGCAGAAAGCCCUUCUCAACCUCUGAUCUGUCAGCAGCAGAAAGCCCUUCCCAACCACUGAUCUGUCAGCAGCAGAAAGCCCUUCCCAACCGCUGCCCUGACAGCAACAGAAAGCCCUUCCCAACCACUGCCCUGACAGCAGCAGAAAGCCCUUCCCAACCACUGAUCUGUCAGCAGCAGAAAGCCCUUCCCAACCACUGCCCUGACAGCAGCAGAAAGCCCUUCCCAACCACUGCCCUGACAGCAGCAGAAAGCCCUUCCCAACCACUGCCCUGACAGCAACAGAAAGCCCUUCCCAACCACUGCCCUGUCAGCAGCAGAAAGCCCUUCUCAACCACUGCCCUGUCAGCAGCAGAAAGCCCUUCUCAACCACUGCCCUGUCAGCAGCAGAAAGCCCUUCCCAACCACUGCCCUGUCAGCAGCAGAAAGCCCUUCCCAACCGCAGCCCAACAGACAGACAGCACACAUUGCUAAACAGAGCGGUGCUGUAUAAAACUCCACAGCAGCUUUCAUUUGGGCAGUGUUCCUGUUGUGACCUCACACUGCUGUGUUUCUGUUGUGACCUCACACUGCUGUGUUCCUGUUGUGACCUCACACUGCUGUGUUCCUGUUGUGACCUCACACUGCUGUGUUCCUGUUGCGACCUCACACUGCUGUGUUCCUGUUGUGACCUCACACUGCUGUGUUCCUGUUGUGACCUCACACUGCUGUGUUCCUGUUGUGACCUCACACUGCUGUGUUCCUGUUGUGACCUCACACUGCUGUGUUCCUGUUGUGACCUCACACUGCUGUGUUCCUGUUGCGACCUCACACUGCUGUGUUCCUGUUGUGACCUCACACUGCUGUGUUCCUGUUGUGACCUCACACUGCUGUGUUCCUGUUGUGACCUCACACUGCUGUGUUCCUGUUUUGAUCUCACACUGCUGUGUUCCUGUUGUGACCUCACACUGCUGUGUUCCCGGUUGUGACCUCACACCGCUGUGUUCCCGGUUGUGACCUCACACUGCUGUGUUCCGGUUGUGACCUCACACCGCUGUGUUCCCGGUUGUGACCUCACACUGCUGUGUUUUAUAGCACACUACCACAGUGACCUCCUGACCCGGACACAGUGACCCCCGACCUCACACUGCUGUGUUUUAUAGCACACUACCACAGUGACCUCCUGACCCGGACACAGUGACCCCCGACCUCGGGACUUCUGUGUUUACACAGACAGUAUUGUAACACGGAUGUAGCAUUUAAAACACAUAGGCCUAUGUAACAUGUGUGUAACAUGUAUGUGCUCUGCUGUAGGAGCACACUAUCCUGUAGUGUUCUUAGCCCCCCCCCCUCAAGAUUCAGAAAUAGAACCCUAUUCCCAAUAUAGUGCACUACUCUCUUUUGAUAUGCGGGACACCUGAGUUAGAAUCACCGCCUGCCGCAGAACCCUCGCUCUGUUGCCAUGGCGAUGCCUUUUGAUAUGCGGGACACCUGAGUUAGAAUCACCGCCUGCCGCAGAACCCUCGCUCUGUUGCCAUGGCGAUGCCUUUUGAUAUGCAGGACACCUGAGUUAGAAUCACCGCCUGCCGCAGAACCCUCGCUCUGUUGCCAUGGCGAUGCCCUAAAUAAGCUAGGGUACCAAACCCGUCCCUCCUUCCCUCCACUGCUCACUAGAAAAGAUAACUUGUCUUGUGUAUUAGGUCUUGUUGUUUCUUCUCCUUGGUGUCGUUAAACCAGUGUUCCUGAUUCAUGUGGUCAAUAUGCUGUUGUUGUUGUGAUUCUGAGUUGUUAUUAUUAUUAUAUUUCAGUAUUGCUCUUUAAUGAUGAGUCAGUUUGUGAAUGAACUGGCCGACAACAGAUGUACAAACGGCACCAAUCACUUUAGACUAGGAGUCGUACGCAGACCAAUCACACGUCAGAAUAGGAGACGUUCGGUUGGUCACCAGUUUGGGAUGGUAUAGACUGCUCUUAAUGUCGCAGUCUGUAAUUUAGCUCCUCCCCCGUGGUCACAGGACGAAAUGCACAAACAAUCAACACUCAAAACAAACAUAUUAAGCCAAUCGAUGCAUAGACUCGUGAAGUGAAGACCCUCUGUUUACAAACAAUUGUUGGUGUCAGUAGGCAGUAGAACUAACAGAGUGUCAGUAGGGAGUAGGACUAACAGAGUGUCAGUAGGGAGUAGGACUAACAGAGUGUCAGUAGGGAGUAGGACUAACAUAGUGUCAGUAGGGGAGUAGGACUAACAGAGUGUCGGUAGGGAGUAGGACUAACAGAGUGUCAGUAGGCAGUAGGACUAACAGAGUGUCAGUAGGGGAGUAGGACUAACAGAGUGUCGGUAGGGAGUAGGACUAACAGAGUGUCAGUAGGCAGUAGAACUAACAGAGUGUCAGUAGGGAGUAGGACUAGCAGAGUGUCAGUAGGGGAGUAGGACUAACAGAGUGUCAGUAGGGAGUAGGACUAACAGAGUGUCAGUAGGGAGUAGGACUAACAGAGUGUCAGUAGGGAGUAGGACUAGCAGAGUGUCAGUAGGGAGUAGGACUAACAGAGUGUCAGUAGGCAGUAGGACUAACAGAGUGUCAGUAGGGAGUAGGACUAACAGUGUCAGUAGGGAGUAGGACUAACAGAGUGUCAGUAGGGAGUAGGACUAACAGAGUGUCAGUAGGGAGUAGGACUAACAGAGUGUCAGUAGGGAGUAGGACUAGCAGAGUGUCAGUAGAGAGUAGGACUAACAGUGUGUCAGUAGGGAGUAGGACUAACAGAGUGUCAGUAGGGAGUAGGACUAACAGAGUGUCGGUAGGGAGUAGGACUAACAGUGUGUCAGUAGGGAGUAGGACUAACAGAGUGUCAGUAGGGGAGUAGGACUAACAGAGUGUCAGUAGGCAGUAGGACUAACAGAGUGUCAGUAGGCAGUAGAACUAACAGAGUGUCAGUAGGGGAGUAGGACUAACAGAGUGUCAGUAGGGAGUAGGACUAACAGAGUGUCAGUAGGGAGUAGGACUAACAGAGUGUCAGUAGGCAGUAGGACUAACAGAGUGUCAGUAGGGAGUAGGCCUAACAGAGUGUCAGUAGGGAGUAGGCCUAACAGAGUGUCAGUAGGGAGUAGGCCUAACAGAGUGUCAGUAGGGAGUAGGACUAACAGAGUGUCAGUAGGGAGUAGGACUAACAGAGUGUCAGUAGGCAGUACGACUAACAGAGUGUCAGUAGGCAGUACGACUAACAGAGUGUCAGUAGGCAGUAGGACUAACAGAGUGUCAGUAGAGAGUAGGACUAACAGAGUGUCAGUAGGCAGUAGGACUAACAGAGUGUCAGUAGGGAGUAGGACUAACAGAGUGUCAGUAGGGAGUAGGACUAACAGAGUGUCAGUAGGGAGUAGGACUAACCGAGUGUUCUACUGCCACAGACCGACUGGUGUUCCCCAAUCCUUAUAACGGACGGUUAUUACACUUCAUAGACAGGUCAUAGAUGGGUCAUAGAGGUGUCAUAGACGGGUCAUAGAGAUGUCAUAGAUCAUAGACAGGUCUUAGAGGUGUCAUAGACAGGUCAUAGAGGUGUCAUAGACAGGUCAUAGAGGUGUCAUAGAUCGUUCAUAGACAGGUCAUAUAGAGGUUAUAGACUGUCACAGCAGUGUCAUAGACUGGUUACAGCAGUGUCAUAGACUGGUCACAGCAGUGUCAUAGACAGCUCAUAGAGGUGUCAUAGACAGGUCAUAGAGUUGUCAUCGAUAGAGCAACCAUACAUUUGUCAGAUCUCUGUCAUGUAUCUCAUAGAUCAGACAUAUUUUGAACGUAUAGACAGGUUAACAUGUUAUAGAACUAUAAAAGACUUGUUAUGAACAUGUAAUAACUGGUCUACGGCACUGAGUCUGUCUCUACUGCCACAACACCAGACCUGUUAUACCAUGAUAUAAGUAUGUUAUGAACAUAUUAUAGAUGUUUAAUAGUCAGUCUCUCUACUACCACAACACCAGACCUGUUAUACCAUGAUAUAAGUAUGUUAUGAACAUAUUAUAGAUGUUUAAUAGUCAGUCUCUCUACUGCCACAACACCAGACCUGUUAUACCAUGAUAUAAGUAUGUUAUGAACAUAUUAUAGAUGUUUAAUAGUCAGUCUCUCUACUACCACAACACCAGACCUGUUAUACCAUGAUAUAAGUAUGUUAUGAACAUAUUAUAGAUGUUUAAUAGUCAGUCUCUCUACUGCCACAACACUGCCUCAGACGUUGCCAUGGAUGUGUUUUCUAAUGUAAAUAAGUCCCUCCCACUUUCUACACUGCCCAUGGGCAUUUAUAAACCCUCUCUAUAACAGCCUGCAUUACUACUCCAUACAUAGUGGUUAUAAGUGUUUAUAAUGCUAUAAGUGUUUAUGUGGAGCUGGCCACUGGGCUGGACUACCAUUUACAGAGAGCAGGGUUUUGUUUCCACCAAGCAGUAACACACCUGAUGAUUCUAUUUAAUAUUACUGUGAUGAAGAUGAUGAUGUGUUUUCUAUGUGUCUGUCAUUUUAAUUACAAGCUUUUAUAUCAGUGAGA